CCCACCGUGAUCACCUGCAACAUUAAAAUCACUUUAACGCAUCAAUAACUAUGAUAAACCACUGAUAUAGUGCACUUUACUCUGAAAUACAGAGGAAGUACUGUUGUUUUCCGGUUCUUAGAAUUGUAUUUAACUUUAAAACUCUGCUGUAUUCACAACUGUACUCAAAUGUUUGUGUGUGAUUCCACCCCCCCCCCCCAACAACUAUUACACACUCACAGAUUAACUUUCCAGUAACAAAGUCCAGGACAUGGACUCUCUAUGUAAAGUCCCAUCACGUCUGGGUCUCUUCUCCCGCGCCCUCAUGACCCGCGUCUUCGUCUACGGCACCCUGAAGAAAGGGCAGCCCAACUACCACCGCAUGUUCGACGCCGCCAACGGGAAAACCGAGUUCGUCGCCUCGGCCCUCACCGCCGAGAGGUACCCGCUCGUCAUCGCCGGCAAGCUCAACAUCCCUUUCCUCCUCAACCUGCCCGGCCGCGGUCACCGGGUCCACGGGGAGAUCUACGAGGUGGACGACAAGAUGCUGCGGUUCCUGGACGACUUCGAGACCGUCCCCUCCAUGUACCAGCGCACUCUGGUCCAGGUGGAGGUGACGGAGUGGGCGAGGCGGGCAGAGGGCGAGGAGGGGGCGCCGGGCAGCAUGACCGAGGUGGGGAUGUACAGCACCACCUCGUAUCAGCCGGACUGGCUCUCGCUGCCCACCUACGACAGCUACGACUCGCUUGGAAGUCACGGGCUGGAGUACGUGAGCCGAGAAGAUCGAGACUGAAGGAGAGGAGCAUCAGCUGGACAGAGAUGUCUUCAUUUUCAUGAUCUAACUAGAAACUUUAGAUUUUAACUCCUACAGAAUGUUCUCUAACUGGAAAAACACACUUGAUAUAGAUUUAUCCUAUCACAAAUACUUGAAUCCUGUCAUCUUUAAUACUUAAAAGUUUAAAUUCCUCAUACUUCUGUAUGUUUUGCGGUUCGGUUUCUCCUGUUCUACUUAUUAAAUAAUUACACGCCAA